CGAUAUACUUUCAAUUAUUAUAAUUAUUUUUGUACAAUAUAUAUAUGAUGCAGGUGCAGUCUGCUCUCUAGCUUAGUAGUUUGAGCUCUUCUUUGAGCAGAAUAAGAUGGCUUUGAAAUGGUUUCUAAACUCUGCAUUUACUCAAGUUUUUGGUCACGUGGACACUGUUGCUAUGCAGAGAAGCGAUGUGCUAGCAUGUCCAAAAAAUCAAGGCCUGCAGCAGGUGCAAGAAUGUGUCGGAAGCUUGAAUGGAAAAGAAGGUGCUGUUACCGGGAUUAGAAUGAGAAAAGAAGAAAGCCCAAAUGGGUUCCAGAUGCCUCUUCACUACCCAAGGUACACAAAAGCAGACUAUGAGAAGAUGGAGGAAUGGAAACUUGACAUGCUUCUCAAUGAAUAUGGACUUGGUUUUAAGGGUUGUCUUGACGAGAAAAGGGCGUUUGCGAUGGGGGCAUUCCUGUGGCCUGACCAACUUUGAAACAAAGUAGUGCUGUCUCUCCAGACUACCAGAAGAAGACUUGAUGAAGGAAAGAAGAAGAUGCAUUCUGAACCUUGCAUGCUAGAAAUUUGAUGUAUGCGUUCAGCUGUAAACUUGAAGCGAAGUGUUAAUCCAUUUUAUGUGUUGUAAAUUGUAAUAUUCAGUCUUGAUAAUAAGGGUUUGGGUCUUCUUCUAAGUUAUCAUUAAUAAAACUAAUUUAGUUAUUGAGAA